GGAAAAGGCGCGAGCGCGGGUGGCGGCUGGAACAACAAAUCGGUGGCGGGAUGGCAGCGGCUGGGCAGGCCCGGGAGCUCCUGGCCCAGCUGGAUGAGGCGCUGGCUUUCGAGGGGCCGACCCGAGAGGAGCUGGAGGCGGAGCUGCCAGCCAAAGUCCUGGUGGAGCAUGCUGUGGACACACGGAAGAAGCAGAAGUGGAUGUGCAGCCAGCUCCACGUGGUCAAAUUCCUGCUGGAAUUCUUGGACCAGAGGGACUCCGCCCCCUUUGACCAGAAGACCACAGAGGCAGCCGUCCGGAGCCAAAUGGUGCAAGCCAAGCAGCAGUGGAAGGAGCUGAAGGCUGGCUACCAGCAGCGGGUGGAAGCCAUCGAGGGGGCAGUGCCCUGUGUGCUGGCCCAGCUGGAGAAGGGCCAGCACCUGGCGCAGCGGCUGAAGGAGGCUCUGGUGCAAUACGAGGCCCAGAGACAUGAGGCUGAGAAGAAGGCAAGGGACGCCCGGGAGAGACGGCAGAAGGAGCAGGCCCGGGGCCAACCACCGAGAUUAUUAGCGUUAGGCCCAAAGCUGACUGCGAAGAGCUACAAGGGGAUCGCCUCAAACCAGGCCACACAACGGCGGAUUAAACUCAAGGUUCGGAAGAGCAACGUCGAAAUAAUUCAAGGGGAUCAAAAUUAG